AUCCACCUAAAAUCGAGGUCAAAAAUGAAAAGCCCAAUGAAAAACUUGAGCCCAAAAAGAGUGAUCCACCAACAAAUAAGUUGAUAGCUGAUGAAAAGCCCAUUACAAAAGGUACUGAGUUAGAAAUUGGGCCUCCAAUAGAGAUAACAAAGCCUGCGACAAUUGGAAAGCCCAUUCCAAAAUUCAAUGGAUACGAAUUGGGAGGCCCAAAAGGAUCGUUGACAAAUGGUAAAUUCAUUUUUGGGCCCCCACAAAAGGCGAAUUCUAUUUGGUCCGAAUCAGAAGUGGGCCCCUCGCCAUCAGAGGUGGCUGCAGCUAUGGCCCGGAACAAGUACCCGUUAGAUGAGGAACGGAGCUCCGUGCUUGAUGGGUGGAGCUUAGAUGAGAGUGUUGAAGGGCUUCGGUCCAAGCUCGAGAGGUGGCGGACGGAGCUACCACCACUGUAUGAUCGUGGGUUGUCAUCGAGUAGCUUCCGGUCGACUAGUCAGCAUACACGGCGGAACAGUGAUGGUGGAAGUGGGUUGUUCUCAUGCUUUGGCAACAUAUAUGGAUAUGAAUGCCAAUGCAUUUGUGGUAAGCCUCCAGGAAGAAAAAGCCUUGGUACCCGGUUCCAUAGCCCAUCCAUUGGCAGUGCGGGUCGGUCAUUCCUUUGA